GCACAUGAGUUCCGAGGUAGUUUGAAAGUUGCAUGCCUCACAAGCCCAAGUUUUCGGCUUCAAUUGGUUUGUCACACAAGCACCUUCCUAACCUCGCUUCGUUACUGCGUCAAUUUGUCAAUAUCGUUGUCGAUGAGCCGAGGCUUCCUUGAAAAAAGUGCACAACCCUCAACAAAUCAAUGGGGAAGAUAUCAAGUCUGUCAAGCCGCCAGCUUCUCAGACCCUCAUGGAAAUCGACAACCCUUCAUAAUUCCCAUCGAUUCUCGUCCGCUCUCGCCGUCAAGAUGGCCCCAAUACCAGAGCCGUUCAAUCCCGGUCUUCCCCAGAACACUCCGGGGCUCCCUCCCAAAGUGCCGGACACCUCGUAUCCCAUCGAAGUCAGAAAGAAGCUCGGAAUCUACGGUCUCACGCCUCCCAAUGUUGAGAGUCACGCUCUCCAAAGCCAACGGUGCAUGAAGCAAUUGGCAUCAAAAACCACCCCUAUCGAGAAAUACAUCUAUCUCAGCAACUUGAGAAAUACCAAUACCCACCUCUUCUACCGGCUUGUGCUUGAGAACUUCACUACGAUCGCUCCCUUGAUUUAUACCCCUGUUGUUGGUGAAGCAUGCUUGAAGUGGUCUGAGAUAUAUCAGCGACCAGAGGGACUCUAUGUCUCGUACAAGGACCGAGGUUCAAUCAUUGAUGUUUUAAGGAAUUGGCCUCAACCUAAUGUGGAGAUCACCGUUGUUACCGAUGGCAGUCGUAUUCUUGGACUUGGUGACCUUGGUGUCAAUGGGAUGGGGAUUCCUGUUGGAAAGCUGGCACUUUACACAGGCUGUGCUGGUAUUCGACCCGAAGCUACCUUACCGUUGACAUUGGAUCUUGGAACGAACAAUGAAUUGCUGUUGAAGGACCCCCUCUAUAUGGGCGCCAAGAUGAGAAAAGUUUCAGAGAAGGAAGAGAUAGAAUUCCUAGACGAAUUGAUGGUUGCACUGAACACAGUAUGGCCUGGUAUUGUCGUUCAAUUUGAGGACUUCAAGAAUCCCUUCCCAGCACUUGAGAAGUACCAACAUCAAUACACUUGCUUCAAUGACGAUAUUCAAGGAACUGGAGCUGUCAUAUUGGGAGGUAUCAUCAACGCAUUGAAGAGCACUGGAAGACCUAUCAGGGAUCACCGCGCUGUAUUCAUGGGCGCAGGAAGUGCUGGUGUCGGUGUUGCCAAGCAAAUUGUUGAGUAUUUCAUCAAGGAAGGUCUGACUGAAGAUGAGGCCCGCCGAUGCUUCUGGUUUGUUGAUACUAAGGGUCUUAUCACCAAUGACAGAGGAGACAAGCUUGCCCAACACAAGAUAUACUUCUCUCGGGACGACAACAAGGGACAGCAGUUCAAGUCGUUGCCAGAGGUUGUUGAAUAUGUCAAACCAACGAUUUUGAUGGGACUGUCAACAAUGCGAGGCAUCUUUGACAAAUCAAUUCUCCAAAAGAUGGCUAAGCUCAACGAACGUCCAAUUAUCUUCCCCUUGUCGAAUCCUUCCAGCAAUGCUGAAUGCACGUUCGAGGAGGCUAUGAAGCAUACUGAUGGCAAGGCCAUUUUUGCGAGUGGAAGUCCUUUCCCACCCUAUCUUCAUAAUGACCAAGUGAUGCAACCAAGUCAGGGAAACAACAUGUACGUCUUCCCUGGAAUUGGCCUCGGCGCAAUUCUUUGCAAGGCGAUCCAUAUUACUCAAGAGAUGAUCUACACCUCCGCCGUCGCUCUCAGCACGGCUAUUAACACGAACGAGAUCAACGCGGGCAGACUCUACCCCGAACUUGACCGAAUUCGGGAAGUCAGCGUAAUCGUCGCACGGGAAGUAAUCCGCGAAGCUCAACGACAAGGUGUUGAUCGCGAGAAGUCUAUUCGCAACCUUAGUGACUCCCAGCUUGACGUCUUCAUUCGGAGCAGGAUGUAUGAUCCCACAAAAGAGUCCGGACUCGAAGAAAUCGACACGCCAAAAUUCCGAAGCUCAUCCUCAAAACUUCGUGUUCCCGGUUCUCCUUCAAAGCUGUAGAUGCACUGGGACCGGGUGUUAAUUUGCUUGAUUCUGCGGGUACGUUAUGCGGAUACACAAAAUUCAAAGUGGCUGGGGGGUUUAGAAAUUGCUUGAUGAUUAAUUUCAUUCGUCUAAAUAAUAAUGGCGUAGCUAGUCAGCUGGGUAUAAUGCCAAAUUUGUCUCUUCUUGACACCCGAAGCCGGUGAGGUGUCUAAAUUUCAUUAAGACACUCCUUUCCGACAAUCGAGUCACCCGAUCCUUCUACAUCCUUCUCUUCUUCUUCAACCUUCCACUUCCAUCUCCCAGUGUUGAUCCCCUCCCUGUGCUCCUCACA